AUGCUGCGCCGCCUGCUGUUCGGCGACGACUCGCCCUUUGAGCCCACCAGCAUCGUCGUGCUGUGCGUGCGCGCUCCGCUCAAGUGUCUCGUCUAUUUCGCAUACCACUUUCUGAAUGCGCUCCGCAGCAACCCCCAGCCCGCGAAGCCGUCAGUCCGCGUCGUUUGUAUCUCUGACACACACGCCCAAACGCAGCCAAUCCCUGCCGGCGACAUCCUCAUCCAUGCCGGUGACCUCGGAACCGUUGGGACCGUCUCGGAGAUCCAAGCGCAGAUAGACUGGAUAGCCUCUCUGCCGCACCCUUACAAGGUAGUCGUUGCCGGCAACCACGACACGUACCUGGACCCGCGCUCUCGCCGCACGCUGCCCGAGCCUGAGCGCAAUAGGGAGCUGCAGUGGAAGGGCGUCCACUACCUGCAGCACACCUCAUUGCUCGUGAGAAUUCCCCAGCGCGAGUACCGAGGCCGCCACCCUCCCCCUCCCCGCACCCUCAAGAUCUACGGCGCCCCUCAGAUUCCUGAGUGCGGUGGCCCAGAGUUUGCCUUCCAGUACGCGCGUGGCCGCGAUGCCUGGACUGACACCAUUCCGUGGGACGUCGAUGUGCUCGUCACACACACUCCGCCGAAAUUCCAUCUGGACCUGCCGCUGCCCGACGGCUUGGGGUGCGAGCACCUGACCAACGAGGCCUGGCGUCUUCGCCACACUCUUCAUGUGUUUGGGCAUGUCCAUGUUAGUGCCGGAAGAGAGGUUAACUGGUGGCAUGACGGCCAGAAGGCAUAUGAGCGCGCGCUCGCAAGGCCAGUCUCGGGCCUGACUCGCGGGCUCCUGAGCGUCCCAGCUUGGAUUGACCUGGCCCUGGUGCUGUUCUGGGGUGUGAGGGGCGUCAUCUGGGACAGAGUCUGGGGCGGAGAGGAGCGAGGCACCGUAUUGGUGAACGCCGGCUUGAUGGUGGGGAACUCGGGCCGUCUGGGGAAUAGAGUCCAGGUGGUUGACAUUUGA